GAGACAUAUAAAGCCAUGUGAAUGUCACAAAUCCGAUACUGUCUAUGUAUACCAGCCAAGCAUCAUGAACAAGACCGAAGUUCUCAUCGUUGGCGCAGGCCCAACCGGCCUGGUCAUGGCCUUGUGGCUCACCCGCCAAGGCAUCAAAGUCCGCAUCACCGAUAGAGCGGAGCGCACCGCCACAACGUCUCGCGCAUUGGCCGUCCAUGCUCGCACCCUCGAACUCUAUCGACAACUGGACCUGGGCGAUCAGUUGGUGGCUCUAGGUCACCCACUGGGGGCAACAAAUAUCUGGACCCGCGGGGUGCAUCGGUUCCGCAUCCCAUUCGGCCACUUCGGCAUGGGGCUAACGCCGUAUCCGUUUAUCUUGAUUGUUCCUCAGGACUCUCAGGAGAAAUUGUUGGAAGGGCGGUUGAAGGAAGUGGGAGUGGAGGUGGAACGAAAUCUAGAGUUGGUCGACUACGUCGAAGCUGAUAGCGGAGUGGUGGCGCGGUUCAGGGAUCCAAGAAAGCGGACGCCUCUAUUGGAAUCGAGCGAAAUGACAAACGAGAUCCAAACGUAUGAGGCGGCGUAUAUCAUCGGAUGUGACGGCGCGCAUUCUGCGGUGAGGCGCACGACAGAAAUCAAGUUCACUGGCGAAACAUAUGGCCAGGUCUUUUUCGUGGCCGAUAUCGAGGGCCAAGGACCUGCGAUUAAUGGCGAAGGACACGUCCAGCUCGACGGCGAAGUAACUUUUCUCACUCUGGCCUAUGACUCUACGCGACAUGCUCGACUGAUCGGCAAUGUGGAUGCAAAGCAAUUGGCUCGAAUUCAAGCCAACAAGGACAUCACGGACGUCACAUUUGAAGAUAUCGCCACCGCCACGCCAGCUAUGCAACAGAUGAUGAAGAUCGACCGGGUCAACUGGUUUACGACGUACCGAGUACAUCACCGCGUGGCCGAUUUUUUCCGUCGCGGUCGCGCAUUUCUCGUCGGUGAUGCUGCCCAUAUCCAUAGUCCAGUCGGAGGACAGGGGUUGAACACGGGAGUCGGCGAUGCGAUUAACCUUGCUUGGAAGCUGGCUGCUGUGUUACAGCGAAGGGCAGACUCCUCGUUGCUGGAUAGCUACGAGGCCGAGCGACGGGCCUUUGCGCUCACUCUGGUUGAGACGACCGAUUCGGCCUUCAACGCACUAUCGGCUAGAAGCUGGCUGGCCAACAUCCUGCGCAGUUACAUCAUCCCCUUCGUCCUGAAAAUUGCGGUCAAUUUCAGUUUCGUCCGCCGACGUAUAUUUUUUGGACUUUCACAGACCAAGCUGCAGUACCGAAAUAGUUUAUUAUCUUUCGGGUCUGCCGGUUCCGUGGAGGGUGGAGAUCGACUACCAUGGGUGUCAGUCGGGGGGGUCGACAAUUUUGAUUCUCUUAAGGAAAUUACUUGGCAGGUUCACGUGUAUGGAGAAGCUUCAGUCAAACUGGAUAAAUGGUGUCAGAUGAAGAACAUUCCGCUGCACCAAUUUUCGUGGCAGACUCAGUAUGGCCGAGCGGGUUUCGCACCCAACGCAGCAUACUUGAUCCGGCCGGACAUGUAUGUGGCAGUAGCUGAGGUGACGGGCAACCCUGGGCGAUUUGAUACUUAUUUCCGGGAUGUCAAGCUGGAUUUGGCCUAGUAUUCUGUUCAAGCGUUCCAAUAUGUCUAACCUUGUUACCAUCUCAUCUCUAACAAGCACAUUCAAAGAUUUGUUCAUUUCUAGAUAUAUCACACUCUCACGAAAU